AGUAUGCGAAGAUAUCGCAUUUUAAGUUUUAUGAAUCAUGAUGUCAUUAGAUCUAGUUCUAUAUAGAGUUAUAGAUCUAGAUUGACUAGAUCUAGUGUUUAUGAAAUUAUGUUAAUAAUAUAACUAAUGCAUCUAGACUUCAGUAUUCAACGUGGAGUGUCAUCAUGUCAGAUAAUGUGAAAGAUGAGCUUUUUAAAGCCAUAAGGUUAAAAGACAAAAAUGCCCUGAAGCACCUGCUAGAGAACAAACGUAUUCAUCCGGAUGUUCGCCAUGAAAGAGAUUUAACACCAGCCAUCGUUUUUGCAGUGAAGUUUAAAAAUCGUUAUGCACUAGUAGCUUUGUUAAAGGAUGGUGCUAAUCCCAAUGCUAUAGACAAAGAUGGAAUGACUGCUUUGUUGUACGCAUCUGACAUUGGCAACUUGCAUUACCUCCAGAUCCUCGAGAGAUUCGAUGUUGAUUUUAAAACGUCUGAUAAAAAGGGGGCCACUGCGCUGAUGCUGUCUGCCCAAUGGGGGUACGAGGACUGUGUUCAGUUCUUUUUGAAUAAAAAUCUGAAAAUUGACGCGAGGGACAUUAAAGGACAGACCGCAUUGAUGUAUGCAGCCAAACAAGGGAAAACAACAUGUGUCCAACAUCUUCUAAAUGUUGGCGCUGACAAAAAUGUGGUCUGUGAGAAAGGAUACACUGCUUUGAUGCAUGCUCUUCAAAAUAGUGAAUUUCAAAGUGCAAAGCUGCUCAUGGGUAAAGGUGCUGAUGUCAAUGUUGUUGGCCAUGAUGGGAAAACAGCCUUGACCUUGGCAUUUCAAAAUUGCCUGGGAGACUUUGCCUUAGUUGAAAACAUUUUGAGACAAGGGGCAGACCUGAAUCUUUCUGUGUUUGACCAAGAGCAUCUGCAUGAGAUGAUUGCAAGAGGUGAGCGUAAGGUGGUGAGAUACAUGAUUCUAAAUGGAUGUCCCCCUCGUGACAGAAAGUGUAGUGAAACCUGUUUUAAAUUCAACCACCAUGGCACAGUUAUUUCGCCUCUGAGUGUGGCUUUGCUUUCUGGGCAUGAUGAUAUCGCUCGCUACUUACUGAUGAACAAUUUCUUAACUACAUAUGACAUACUACACUUAUCUAGAGAUCCUGACAUUAGAACAAAAUUGCAAGAGGACAGGUUUGUAAGUUCAUUGGAUGUCCUUGAUCAUCUCCCCUUACAUGCUCCCUUCUCAUUGUAUACACUUUGUUUUGUGAAGCUUUGCAACAUGUUAAACAUUGGUGCCCCGCCUGGUCCUAACAUUGAACGAGAACAGAGACUAUCCUGUUGGAGGCUUCCUAGAGCCAUUCAAACUGAGUUGUUAUUUCAUGGGAAAUUCUCUCGCAUUUGCACCAGCACUUGGGCUAAUAUUUCUUUGGAUAAGCAUCAGACAGUUGAAGCAUGUGAAUGUUUUGACUGUGAUAAGGAAAGUAGUAAUUUUAAGGGAUUCAAAGUUGUCUGACCUACAAACUACUUUCAAUCUUGAAGCAAGUUUGUGGAUCAGGCUUGAUAGUUAAUUAUGUUUUUAGGUACCACUUUAUAAAUUAUGUAGUUGGAUAGAAAAUUAAGAUUUGCAAGAUUUAGAACAGAUAAAGCUAUGAAAUGGAGAAACUUGUAUACUUGUUUAAAUUACACUGAAUUACCAGUAUACCUCUGAAAUAAAGACGUUUGUGUUCUGUAAUUGUUUUAUAAAUCCUUGUAAAAUAAAAUUAUAGCUUUUAUAUAGCGCUACUUUCAUGCUUAUAGCAUGCUCAGAGCGCUUUGGUUCAAUCUCAUUUGUGGACCAGUGGGAGAGGGGUAUCUAGGAGUAGGUUUUCAGAGCUGCCUUUAGGCGCUCAGUAAACACAACUCUGCCCGAGUCGCUGUCGAACUUCGAGCCCCCUUCAUAGGUAGCUGAGCCAAGUUCAAGCGUACUUAGCCUCUCAACCAAGCUUUUAAAAUAUAGUCCCUAUUGGAACUGUCAUGAAAAAACAUCAAUUUCAGGCUUUAUUGGGUAAUUAGUAGUAAAGUACUUUUAAGUUAUCAAUCCAUCAUUUUUUGUCAUGGAAUGUACCAUGUACUUUUUUUUUUUUUUUAAAACAUUGUUACCUAAUAAUUAUGAUAAGUUGUAGAAAAGGCUAAGUUAUAUAUAAAUAUACAUUACAAUAUAUAACAAAUAACCAGCCAACACAAAAAGGACAUGAAUUCAACUUUUAUUACAAAUGUCAAUUUGUGAAAGAGGAUGCAUUGUACACCCGUUUUGUUUUUGUUGGUUUUAUAGUUUAUCACAGUAAAGAUAUUUUUUUGUUUACACAUCUCAUGUUCCAUCCACAUCAUGCAAUAAUCUUGAAGCUCUUGAAACAUAUACACAUAGUGAAACAUAUAUACAUCAUUCUUUAGAACCUACUC